AGUUGUUGUCAGUUGGACUUCUAGCUCUCAUUAGCUCCUCUGUACUCAUCCAUCCUUACUGCGUCCUCUGUCCCAUAUCUCUGCCUGGCUGGGAAGGCACUACUUUUAAGUGACAUUUCAGACUGCUUUGGAAUUAUUCUUAGGAUACUAGUUCUGGAGGAAGGAGGAAUACCCACCAGGUGACUUGCCCCUCGCUUUAGCAACACAGCCUGUGGAGAAGAGGAAGAGUGGAUCCAGGAGAGGACCAUGGAGCAAUGUGAGACUUCUGCGAGCCCCAGCAGAGAUCACCCAUGGAAGGCAGCGACCAUGAAGAGGAUGGCCUGGGCCCAGAGCAGAGACUCCUGGCAGGGCCCCUCUGAGAGUCAGGACACCCAGGAUCAGGAGGGUUGCAGCGAGGAGAUGGUGUCCCCGGAGCCCACCAUGGAGACGACGGCCCCGGCCGACGAGCCAGGGCGCUUCCCUAACAAGAUUGCAAGCUGGCUCAAGGACUGCAGGACUCCUCUUGGGGCGUCUUUGGAUGAGCAGAGCAACACGCAGUCCAAGGGAGUGAUGAAGAAUGGAUGCAGCUUUGAAGACGACUUGUCUCUGGGAGCUGAGGCCAACCACCUUCAGCCCAACAGUGCCAAAGCAGAGACACCCUGCUAUGGAAUGCCUGCGAAGGACAAGAGGAGCCAGUUCCGGCAGAAAGGCAGGAGUAUGAACUCAACAGGAUCAGGGAAGAGCAGCACCACUGUGUCCAGUGUGUCUGAGUUGUUGGACCUCUAUGAAGAAGAUCCAGAAGAGAUCCUGUAUAACCUGGGGUUCGGCCGGGAGGAGCCGGACAUUGCCUCUAAGAUCCCCCCGCGCUUCUUCAACGGCUCCUCCGGAGCUAAGGGCAUCGACAUCAAGGUCUAUCUGGGAGCACAGCUGCAACGCAUGGAGAUGGAGAACCCCAACUAUGCCCUGACAAGUCGUUUCCGUCAGAUCGAGGUCCUGACCACGGUGGCCAACGAGUUCUUCCAUCUCUACUCCCAGGUCUCCGGCCAGCCCGUCCAGAAGAUCUGCAGCCUGGAUGGGGAACCGCUCACCAUCGUCCCUCCUUCUCCUCUGAGGAGGAACAACUCAGCCCUGAACGCAGCCAAGAUCCUGAAGAAGACAAUCACUAAACACAACCUGCUGGGUGGGUUGGGGGAGGGGGGUGCUCCUACAAUCACAGCCCUGUCUCCGACAGAGAAACUGUCAGACCAUGUGAGUCCAGGUACAGGGGACAGCGCCGUCACAGCUGACUCCGACCAUAAGGGUGAGCUCAAGCAGAAGGCCUUUAGGAAGAAGGACUCUCCAUCUCUGGCCACUGUGACUGAGGAGAGCCACUCUGGAGGCAGCACUGAGGCCACCCUAAGUGUCAAUGGAGAUGACCAGGCAUUGACCCAGGGGGGUGACCUUAGCCUGUCCAACGAGGCUGACUUGGAGAAAGAGCACCAAGACAUUCAACUGAAGGGCCAGCGAACAAUCACAUCGACCCCAGACAAAGAACCUAACUACAGCCUGCUGCCCAACCCUCACAUCGCCCACCUCCGCACACAGACCAAGGACUCCUUUGAGAUGGAAGAGGUCCAGAGUAAUGAGGAUGAAGCUUUACCUGGGACACACAGCACCUCUAGAGCUGGCAGUGAGCAACUACUAAGAACAGCCAGCCAGCAGUCAGACAGUAGUGGCUUUGCAGAGGACCCUUCUACUGACGGCUCAGCUAACUAUCUAAAGGUACAGGAGAGCUCGGACAGCUGUGACAGUGAGACCACAGUGACGUCUCACGCUGGGGAGGGGACCACUCCUCUAGCGCUGGAACACCCUGCCUUUGGGAGGCUGCAGGGGGAGGAGGAGGGGGAGGAGGAGGGACAGAAACAACUUGUGGCAGACGGAAGGAGGAGUCGGAGCCCUAAUGGGGGGGAGGAGGAGCAACAGGAAGUGCCACAGUACACCACCCAUCAGUUAGCUAAACAAGGAGACAGAGAGGUGGCCCAAGACUCAGAGCAGGACCAGAAGCAUAACACUGCUGAGGAAGCUGCUUCUGUUCAGUUAACUCGUGAGACUUACUGUACUGCUGAGCUUCACGUGGAAGAUGAUCCUGGUUCUAUAGAAGAUCAUGGUUCUGUCCCGGCACCAGACUGUAGCUCUUCUGGUGCCCCAGCCAGGGAGAGUGUGCCUGACAAGGUGGAGAUGGAAGCCAGAACCCCCAGCCCUAGCGCCAGUUGCCCUAGCCUAGGUGCCUCAACCAGGGUCCAAGGGGCCCUUCACAGGGCCCAGCAGAGGGCCUUGUCCUCAGGCCUCCAGGGUCACCGGAUGGAGGGGAAGUUGACAGCCAGGGAUCUGUUCAGGAGACGAGCCCCCCUGACGAGGUCCCGAUCCCUGCCUACCUCCCUCCUCAUCCCCUCCCGUGUGGUCUCCUCUGUCAGGAUCCAGUUUGGCCAGGGUACAGUCAGGCACUGCACCCAGCCAGCCUUCUCCUACCAAUACACCCCAGAAGAGGAGGAGGAGGAGGUGGGGUCCAUCGUGGAAGAGGAGGAGGAGGAGGAGGAGGAGGAGGUUGUUGAAGAUGGGUGUCAGAGGAGAGAAAGCUGCCUCUCUACCUUGAUUAUCAACAGAGGGACCGAGAUAUCGCAUGGCCCCGGGCUACAAAGAGAUGGUGAACUGAGAGGCCUUCAGGGCAGGUUGCCCCCUUACCCCCUGGCCAUCCCCCGCCACCUGACCCGCUCAACCGUCUCACUGCACAGCCACAGCCCCCCUCCUGAGUGGGGAGAGAGGCCUUUGGGGGAGCACCACCAUGCCUGGAGCACCUGUAGCGUACCUAACCUUACCCAACGUAACCUGGCCCACUUCAAUAACCCUAACCUUACCCAACGUAACCUGGCCCACUUCAAUAACCCUAACCUCACCCAGCAUAACCUGGCCCACUUCAAUAACCCUAACCUCACCCAGCACAUCAACCCUAACUCCAACCUAACACAGCACUACCUAGUCCAACACAAUCAACCUAACCUUACUCAACACAACCUUGCUCAGCACAACAACCCUAACCCAGCCCAGUACAACCCCACUUUGCCCCAUGGCAGUGUCCCCAACCUAGCCCAAUACAGCAACCCUAAUCCCUACUUGUCCGACCACAAUAGUCCCACCCUACCCCAUGGCAGUAUCCCCAACUUGUUCCAGUAUCAGCCCUCCACCCACCACCACCACACCCUCCAUAGCCUCCCUACCCAUCCAUAUGGUAGUGUACCUAACCUUCCCCAGCACACAGCUCCCACCUUACCCCAUCAUGUGGCCCAUAACUGUCCUCCUUCUAGUGCUCCAUACACUAACAACAUGGGUAACCUUCUUCCACACAACUUCCCAUGUUCCCUGUACAGCUCCUCCUGUAACACCCCACCCCUUAGUGCCCCCUUCAGUUCAACUUACCAUAACUACAACGGUAACCCCUAUAGUGGAUCCUACAAUGAGCUAACCAGCAACAAUCCUUAUACUGCCCAUAGCUCUUACUCUAACCCUUCAAACACACCUUCCAACCUGCCUCAUCUCUCUACUGCCCCCUAUGGAGGACCAUAUAGUACUCCAUAUUUGGGCCACCACCCUCUGAUCCCAUACCCUCAUGACCCUAUGGCUACAACCUCCCGUCUUCCCCCAGCCCUGUCUACCACUGAGAUGCAACUGAGAAGGGUCCUUCACGACAUCAGAGGAACUGUGCAGAACUUGGCUCAGAAUUCAUCAGAACGCGGAGCAGACACUCCCUCCAACAUGUUCAACCCUCAGCGACCUGCCCAGCCACUGUAUGAGACUUCUCUCCAGGAGCUGCAGGCUAAGAGGAGGAGUCUGAAUGUGUUCCGGACUCAGAUGAUGGAUCUGGAACUGUCCCUGAUGAAACAACAGGCUUUAGUCUACCAGCACCUCAGUCACGACGAGAGGCAGGAGGCGGAGCAGCUGCAGGGUCUACGGUCUGAAGUGAGACAGGAGCUGCAGGAACUAGAGCUCCAGCUGGAGGAUCGGCUGCUGACCCUGAACGAGCAGCUCCGCUCUGCCAGCCAGCACAGUCUCUACCGCCACAGCAUGGGUAUGAAGAGAGGUCACAGCAUGGACAGCCUGUCUAACAGUUCUGCUCUGAGAGCUAUGGAGCCGAUGUCAGACCUGCUGAGGGAGCAGCUGUACCUGCAGACAGAGCUGGGCUAUGAGGGCAGGGCAGAGGGUGGAGCUAGCAUGGCCCCCACCCCUAGCUCGGGCCUCUCUUCCAGGUCAGCCAGUCCAACGAGGUCCUCUGGACGUCACCCUGGCCCAGCCCACGCCCCGGAGCUGUCCCUCCCAGGUCCCCAGAAGACUGGGAUGUACCGGGCUUCCGUCUCCCUCACCCCGGCACCUCCUCCACGGCCUGGUGCUGCCACAUGGGUAUCCCAGUGCUCAGACCAGGCACUGCCAGUGCAAGGUCCUGGAGAGGAGGAGGAGGAGGUUGGAGGAGGGAUAGCAGCUGUAGACCCUCACCUACUGGAGGAGAGGGGCAAAGAGGGAGGAGGUGGUCUAGGAGAAGGAAGAGCAGACAACUCCAAUCUACAGGAGCUCAUCAAGGAGAUCAAAGAGAGUCUAGCUGAUGAGAUCCGACAGGAGAUAGUCAAUGAGCUCCUAGCUGCCGUGUCUCCACGACGAUCACCUGUGUCGACCAGAGAAUAUCCGCUGUGAACUUGACGACAGUUGAACACUGAUGAGGCCUGGUGUAGUCUCCCCAACCUGAACACUGGUGAAGCCAUGCACUGAACAGCCCAACAACCCCUUAACACUGUUUCAACUAUUUACAGAGAUAAUGGCAGCUACGUGAACACUGUGUUUCUACCGUAGGAAUAGAAUUAUAUUUCUAUGGUUUCUACUUCAGAGAGUGUGACUGUGGCUGGUACCUUAACACCCGUAUGCCUGGUGACCUGGGAGACACAUGAUGCUAUAUAUUUGCUUUUAUAGUGAACUCUUCUUCUGUCUUAACGGUCCAAUUUCAAACACAGAAUGUUACUUGGUGUGUUUAUUUAGCUGAAGACUAACUAUGUUGUUAAACAAUCAUGAACAUUAACCCAAAAUGAAAUUAUUUUGACAUGCAAAAAUGUGUUUAAGGUUAAUUCUAGGAUUUUGUUUUUCCAUCCUGGCUGUGUGUGACGUUAUGCUACGUUAGGCCUAUGCCAUUAUUCUGACGUUGUGUAUGGGUUGUAUUUAAGCACGUAGAUGUGGGUCAGAGUGCAUGUCUUGUCCUGUAGGUGUAAGAUGACCAAGGUUGAGGAGACUUGAGGCCUGGUUGAUGAUAAUGGUUGUAUGGGAGUUUAGUGUCUGCUGUAAAUGACCAUGCCCUCUUCUAAUGCAACCUCUAUGAGGAAUGAACCAGACCUGGGUUCAAAUACUAUUUGAAAUCUUUGAAGUACUUUGAACAUUUUCUCUUGCCUGCCAGGAGGGUCAGAUUGGUGGGGUUUACUGUUUUGGGACUAUUAUAUUAGUGAAUUAAUCCAGGCAUGCUCCGAUAAAGUAUUUGCACCCAGGUCUAGAACUAACUGUGCAAUACAUUUCACUGUCUCUGAACUUGAAAAGAUCAAUAGUAGAAACUACUGUUUUUGAAACGCACCACUUGAAGAUAAGUGUAUGCAUUAUAUUAAUUCCACACUUUUGUCCUGGGUCGUGUUCAUUAGGGUAACAAUGGAAAACGUUUAAAAGCAUUUUUCAACUAAAUGAACGUUUCUUAUUGGACUAAUAAGUCCAGUAAGUCUCUCCCUGUUUGUCCAUUUUCCUCCGUUUGGUGGUUAAUGAAUCCGACCCAGAUGUACGCGUUUUUGUUAGAAAACUGUCUCACGUGAAAAACAAACCAAGUUCACAUUCCUAACUGUAUUUCUUAUCUUAAACAGAUGUUAAAACCACUAAAUGUAUUUGUCCUGAUAUAUUUUCUUUAAAGGAAUGAGGAAAGAGAUACUGUAAAAGAGAGACUUCUGUCUUGAACUGGAGAGUAGAAUGAACCGUCUAUCUCAUCUGAUAGACUCUGGUAGAACUGUCAAUAGAGCCUAUUGUUCCCGCUCAUACUUUUGGACAGAAUCAUUGUGUAUUUAUGAGUAUAUUAUAUUUCAAAUGUGAGGAUUAUAAUGUUGUAUUUUCCUGCUGGAUUUGUAAUUAUAAGAUGAAACAGACAUUUAUUUUACCACAGAUGUUUAAUUAUAUUGUUUUCCAAAAUGAUUUAUUGUUACUAACUGAUUUAUUUCCACAUGUGGCUACUUCCUGCUAAUGGGGAGCUUCUUUUUAAUCAGAUUUUGUUUAUCUUUAUUUUGGGAUGCAUGAGGGAUUGUCUCUAUAGCAAAUAAUAAAGAUUUAUUUAUUUUCAA